CCCCGCUCUCCAAUGCCUCCCGCCUUCUUCCUCUUUCCUCUCUGCCAAUGGUGAUGUCAGGCAGAGAGUGUGCGAGAGAGAGGAGAAGGAGCGGCCAGUGAGGAGGAGGAGGAGGAGGAGGGGGAAAGGGAAGGGGUCAGGGGGAGAGUCCGGCGAGGCCAUGUCGUCGGCGUUCGGCGACUUCGGCCCGCUCACCGAGCGGCGCCGCGCCGAGAAGGCACGGCAGCAGCGGAGGCGCAUCAUGAUCGCCGCCGGCACCGUGUCCAUCGUCAUUAUCCUCAUCGUCAUGGGCGCCGCGGCCAUCACGUACAGCGGGAAGAACUCCGAGAAGGAGGAGUCCGGCUCCAAGGGCUCCAAGGCUAAACCGGGCGGUGGCUCGGGCUCGCCGGCCGACCUCCGCGCCGUGUCGAAGAGCAUCAAGGUGAUGUGCGCGCAGACGGACUUCCAGGACGCCUGCGAGAAGAGCAUCGGCAAGGCGGCCAACGCCAGCGCGUCGUCGCCCAAGGACAUCAUCCGCACCGCCGUCGGCGUGAUCGGCGACGCGGUCUCGCAGGCGUUCGACCGCGCCGACCUGAUCAUGAGCACCGACCCGCGCGUCAAGGCCGCCGUCGCCGACUGCAAGGAGCUCUUCGACGACGCCAUGGACGACCUCAACCGCACCCUCAAGGGCAUCGACGGCGCCGGCAAGGACGGCCUCGCCAAGCAGGGCUUCCAGCUGCGGGUCUGGCUGAGCGCGGUGAUCGCGCACCAGGAGACCUGCAUCGACGGCUUCCCCGAAGACGAAUUCAAGGCCAAGGUGAAGGAUUCCUUCAUCAACGGCAAGGAGCUGACCAGCAACGCCCUGGCGCUCAUCGAGAAGGCCUCCACGUUCCUCUCCUCGCUCAAGCUCUCCAAACGCCGGCUGCUCGCCGGCGAAGACGAAGACGACGGAGCAGCAGCAGCGGAACCUCAGCGCGAGCCGCCGCUCGCCAAGGACGGCAUCCCGGAGUGGGUGCCCGACGGCGACCGGAGGGUGCUCAAGGGCGGCGGGUUCAAGAACAACCUGACGCCCAACGUGGUGGUCGCCAAGGACGGCAGCGGCAAGUUCAAGACCAUCAACGAGGCGCUCGCCGCCAUGCCGAAGACCUACACCGGAAGGUACGUGAUCUACGUGAAGGAGGGGGUGUACGCGGAGUACGUGACGAUCACCAAGAAGAUGGCGAACGUCACCGUCUACGGCGACGGCGCCCGGAAGUCGGUCGUCACCGGCAACAAGAACUUCAUCGACGGCAUCACCACCUUCAAGUCGGCAACCUUCACGGCGCAAGGAGACGGGUUCAUGGCGAUCGGGAUGGGGUUCCAGAACACGGCGGGGGCGGAGAAGCACCAGGCGGUGGCGCUGCUGGUGCAGUCGGACAAGUCGGUGUUCCUCAACUGCUGGAUGGACGGGUUCCAGGACACGCUGUACGCGCACUCCAAGGCGCAGUUCUACCGCAACUGCGUCGUCUCCGGCACCAUCGACUUCAUCUUCGGCGACGCGGCGGCCGUGUUCCAGAACUGCAUCAUCACGCUCCGCCGCCCGCUCCCCAACCAGCAGAACAUCGCCACCGCGCAGGGCCGCGCCGACGGCCGCGAGGCCACGGGCUUCGUGCUCCAGAAGUGCGAAUUCAACGCCGAGACGGCGCUCACCGACGCCAAGCUGCCCCCCAUCCGCAACUACCUCGGCCGGCCCUGGCGCGAGUUCUCCCGCACCGUCGUCAUGGAGUCCGAGAUCCCGGCGAUCAUCGACAAGGCCGGCUACCUGCCGUGGAACGGCGACUUCGCCCUCAAGACGCUCUACUACGCCGAGUACGGCAACACCGGGCCCGGCGCCGACACGGCGGGGCGCGUCGCCUGGCCGGGCUACAAGAAGGUGAUCAGCAAGGCGGACGCCACCAAGUUCACCGUCGAGAACUUCCUGCACGCGAAGCCAUGGAUCGAUCCCACCGGAACGCCGGUCAAGUACGACUUCUUCGCCUGAAAAGAUCGCACCCCGUACGUACGUAGGUAGGGUUUUUUUGCUUGGAUUGGAUCCAUGGCCGGUGAUCUCGGCUUGGCUGAGUGGAAAAUGUUGCGAGGUGCACGCAUGAACUCGAUCAGCUGUUCAUAUAUAUAUGCGCGUUUGUGUGCCUAGUUUUCAUUUGCAAUUAGUAUACUGGCUGGCAUUAUGUGGUUUUGUACACUGUACAUGAAUUUUUUUUCUUUUUACCAUGACUAUAUUUGAGUAUAGCAUGUAUCAUGGAAACUAUACCACACAUGUUCUUUCGAAGAUACAUAGGAUGUAUUUUUGUUGGAUGUGAAGAUUAAACGUGGAAACCAAUUAUUUCUA